AUGGAUUUAACAAGUUUAUUUGACAUCAAAAAACGAUUACCUAUCAAGUUUUCACAUUAUCUUGCUCGGCAAUUAACAAAUGAUGAGGGUCCAAGCCACACCCCCUGCCUAUUGCUUCCUCGUUAUGGGUCAGGAUUUUUCGAGAGGUUGAAUACCACUCCUUUGGGAACAAAAGGAAAGAGUGCCGAAGUAUUCGAGAUCGUGGAAACGAAACAUUGCAAAAGAUAUGCCAUAAAAAAUUAUCCAAUUUUUUCGAAAAAAAAUGUCGUUUUAUGGAAAAGGAGCUCACAGCAAUGCUCUUUCUCAUAUCAUGCGCAUUUCUUUUUCGAAUUCGUUCCCUUUUCAAAUGAUACUUUGAUUGAUUAUAAAUCGAUCAAACCAAAAACAUGGGAGGAAGCAUCAUUGCUGCAUUUCUUUUUCUUGAGUCCAUCUACAGUAGCGGAAUAUCGGAAUGAAUGCAGGAAUGAGAUAAGCGAAUGGUUCGCAACAUUAAGCAAAAUCGAGGGCGCAGAAUGGUUAAUUGUGUUCGAUAGUUUAAAAGCACGAGAACAGAAGAACCGUGGAGCUCUUAUUGAGCGGAUUAAAAGUGAUUUUGCGAAAUUCACAAAUAGGAUUGUUGAAAUUUAUGACCCAUCGAAUAUAGCCGCACUACAGAGUAGCAUGCAAUUACAUCUGUUAAAUUCUCUGGAUCAUUAUGUAACUCAUGAGGAAAAUAAUUUGUCCAAUCGAAAUGAUCAGUAUUCCGACUCUGACUUUGAUUUCAUCACAUUUUGUCGAGAUCAGAUGAGACUAUCUCGUCUUUACCAAAGUUUGGGCAUGUUUGAGCAAAUACUUGCAUUAUUUGAUGAACUUGAUGCUAUGCUGUCAUUAAUUGCUCUUCAUCAUUCAUCAAAAGGACCCAUACCAAAGUGGUUAGCCUCGUCAGAAUGUUUAACUUCAAUGUCAUCCGGUUGUCCACUCUUCGUAGCGAUGUUGAAAUGUGAUGGACCGUGGGAUAAUAUUACGAUUGUUGAGUUACGCUACAUCAUUUUGGCGCAUCAAAUACUGAAUGCGAUGCGAAUAUACGAGGCACGCUUGCAACGGGUCUCAACGACCGGUGAUAGUAACUCACAGAAUCUGAGAACUGAAUUUGCUGUUACGUUGUUACGUUAUUCGCUCCACUGCUUAAAUGCAAUAUUCGAAAGUAUGAUAGUUUUCAAGAUACCUCUAGACUGUGACGAGACGCAGUGUUGGAUAGUUUCAUUUUGCUUGGAAACAAUGCAGCUAACAUCAUUAUUAACUGAAAUAACACACGUUGAGCAAGCUGCUCACUUAACUUGCUCCCUCAAAUUGGUCAAUUGCCAAGCGAUGUCAAGACUGAAUGAAAGAUGGGAUUUGAUUGAUUGGAAGAAGAUAACGAAGUGGUUUGAAGAUGGAAUUGCACGAUGUGGCGUGGAAGCAGUUAAAACGAAUGCUGUCAAUGAAAUAAGACAGCUUCUUUCCGAUAAGCAACAGUUCACACAUUACAUGCAGAAAUACCAUGAAAGUUCCAUAGCUCUCCUGAAACAUUUUGGUUGGAGGCGUGAAGCACGCGCGGUUGGUUGGGAGUUGGCAAAAUUUCUGUUGUCAUUGGAUCGUGCAGAGGGAGCACUCCCAUAUUUAUUGAAUUUCAUUUCCGAUUUAAUUGCAGACGGUUCAACAGUAUUGCUGCUAAGAGAUAUGCUGCUGUUCACUGUAAAUCAUUUGGAAAAAUUUCCAGGAAUCCAUUUUAAGGAGCUUGUAGAGUUUUAUUUAAUAUUGAUGAAGCUGGCUAAAACAGAAAAAGAACGGGUCAAGUAUUGUGAUAAAUUAUUGGAGCUAAGUGAAAAACCGAAUAUAACGAAGAUAAGAUUAGACUCGAACUGUAAACAACCUAAGACCUUCUCCUUCGGUUUUAAUUCGUCGUUUCCUUUUCUAAUGACAACACCGAAUGAAACAAUAAAAAUUGAUGCUAAAGUUACCAGCUAUCUACCUAAAAUGUUAAAAAACUUCAAACUGCACUGCUAUAUGAAACUUUUUGUUCAAAAUGAAUCACAAAAGCGAACAGCUGGACGACGACCGCAUUUCGAAUGCAUGCACAAUGAAGUAGAUGGUAUUAGUCGUUUUGCAUGUGUUUGGAAAGGUGGUAUUGAGGUACGAAGGGGAUCCCUUCUAGGAUUUAGCAUGAAUUCGACUGACGAGUCAGAGGAUUGCUUGAUUUUCCGAAGUUCUAUCGCGGAUGAACUCAGGCCUGGUGAAAAUAUCCUAACAUUGAUCGCUCAAGCAUCAGAAAUUACUGGAACGUAUAUCUUUGAUUACUUCGAGCUGGAAAUCGGUCAUUCAUUGAUAUUGCGUUGUGACUGGCUCGAUGUGCCAGAAAUCGAAGAAGAUUUAGCUCGGCUACCAAUAUGUUUCGUCCAUCAUAAACCAGUUUCUCUGAAAUUAAAGCCACCACCAAAUGGUACGCUGAUAGCCGGUGUGGCACAACAUAUUGAAUUCGAAAUUUUUUAUGGUACAGGUAGAUCGACAAAUGUUGAAAACUGCAUGCUACAAUUAACUUGUUCUGCUGGGGGCGAUUUAGAAUUCUGGGAUAUAUCCAGAUCGAAAUGGUCUGAAAUCUGUAAUUUUUCCUUGGAUCGUGCGCUUCCUGAAAAUAAUAAAACUAUUACCGUUCAUUUAUGUAAAAUACUUCGCAAUUUUUCAAGCAGGGAAGAAAAUGUGAAAAGUCGACUACCGACGUAUGCUUCACAGAUUUUGGUGAAAUGGAUGGGUGAAGAAUGGAGUUUUACGGUUAAUUUUGUGUCUUUUAUGAAUAUUGAUAAUGAUACUUCUUUACUGGAAGAAAGAGUUCUUUUCGAACUAACACUUUUGCGAAACAUUGAUGAGUGGCUGAUUAUACCUCAAGAAGCUAUAUUGAGCAGGAUAAGUGACAAAUCACCCGAAAUGCCGGCGAAAUUGUUAAAUCCCAAGCUUACGUGCAUACAACCGGGAUGUAGAUAUCGUUUAGUUUGGAUUUUACCAUCAAGUAAAGGAAAAACAGAUGAGAUUGAGCAUUAUAAAUUACGGUUUACAUAUCGAGUGCAAUCAUUAAACGGGUAUACUAAUGAGGAUGAAUUAAUUUAUGAUCGUCAGUACACACUAUUUGAUGAAUUUCCUGUGCAGUGCAAAACACCAAAUUAUGAACUUUGUGCUCAAUUACUUUCAUCGCAACCCGGUGCAAUUCUCUGUCGUGUUGAAGAUGCAUGCGAUAUGAUAGUUUCAUUACGAAGUUUAACAAACCGUGUUGAAACAGUAGUUAUCGGUGUUGACGCUGAUCCAUGUUUCUGGACCAUUAAUGAAAGGCAUAAAUUACUGCAUGUAAAAGAGAGUGGUCUGGGACAAAUUUCAUUCACGAUAUUUCCAAAGAUGAUUGGGUUCUUACCAUAUCCUCUUAUAUCUGUAUAUGGUUGUCAGCAUAAACAGUCAGACUCGGACAUUCCCCAUUUAUUUACUGGAAGUAUUUAUGAUUUUGGGCCACGAUUGUCUAGUUUUGUACGAACAAAUGGGAAGCAAGUGCACGUACUUGGUGCUUUUGCGACAUCAGCUGACUCGAAGAGUGCUGUUAGCAUGAAAACUAGCCGUUUGAAGGAAGCAAAAAGCCGAAUAACGAAGCUUUUCGAUUAG